ACAGUCUCAUUGAGCGAUCAACGACAAUCGAUCAUCGCAAAGUAUUAUUAUCAGUAUAUGGCGGGGCUCCGAAGUAUUUAAACAUCAGGUUAAUUACGAAACACCCAAAUUUCAGGAUUUUUUCGUUUCAAACAUGAGCGGUCUCUGGUCUCUUCUCUGUCUCCUCGGGAUUAGUCUGACCUACGUCAGCUGCCAAACAACCGAUACGACGAUCAACGAGACCGAUGCAGCGAUCAAUGAGACCGAUGUUCCGGUCGUCAAUCGCAAAUCACGAAUCCUGAAUGGUUGGGUGUCAGAAGAACGCGACUACCGCUACCUGGUGUCGGUGAUGCGUCUGACGAACGAUGUUCCGACUCUUCUCUGUGGUGGCGCCAUCAUCCAUCGCAGGUACAUUCUCACCGGGGCUCACUGCGUUCACAAGUACCGCAGCAUAGACCUGGUUGUGAGAAGUGGUGGUGUAGAGGCGGCUCAUCCCUCUACGCCUCAGAAGGAACGAAGAAGCUUCCACAGGGUUGUCAAGACCUUCUUCCCUAGGCAGUACGCGAACACGCCCUGCAGAAAGCAUCAGCACGAUAUAGCUAUUCUCAAGGUCCAGCAAAUCUUUGACUUGUCCGACGACACGCGUUACCGCAAGGUAAUUCUUCCGGAACAGGACGCAGAUUACGAAGGUGUGUACGGAGUGGUCACCGGCUAUGGACCUGAUUACCACCGUGAGUCUAACACCACUAACCAGCCCCAUGGCAUCGAGAACUACUACCUGCAGUACGUGAAUAAAGUACGUGCUCUAACCCUCGUUGUCAUUCCCAACGAGGUUUGCCAGGAGAGAGCCAGUGUCGUGAUCACGGAAAAAACCAUCUGUGCCCAGACCUGUGUACCUAAUGCGCAAACCUGUUUCGAGGACGAUGGUGGCCCGCUUGUCCACGGUGGCGUGAUCAUCGGAAUUCUUAACGACCGACAGUGUAACCCUGAGAUUCCAGAGAUGUUUACCAGAGUGUCGAAGUACCUGUACUUCAUCAAAAAUGUGCUGGAGCAUCAGAUUUCUUACGACAUCGUUGUUCGCUAAUCGACUUUGUAUUUUUUUAAUAAAUUUUGAAAAUUUAUGUCUUCAAA